GUGUGUGAAAUUGGAGCUCAGUGAAAAACGUACAUAAUUCACGUUUGUUUUUGAUAAAAAUGUGUGAUACAUUAAUGAUCAACAUGCCCGUCAAUCGGAAAAGAUUGCGAUCGAACGAUAGUGAUGUGUGUUUUGCGAUGCAGCGGAAAACUUUCGUCAGCCAGCAUAUGAUGGAUCAGCAAGAUGCAAGCAAAAUGAAACAAAUACAAGCCAAAACGAUUAGUUUACUGUUUCAAGGUGCCAAGAAACAAAGUAAAGCGCCCAUUUUAAUCGAUCGCAAGGAAGCAUUGAGGUCGGUUCGUUUGCUGGGUGGUGGAGAAAUAGACUUCGACGUUGGUGCUGCAUCCUCAUGGAUAGAGAAAAAGCCGGAUAGAAAGUGUCGCUUGUGUGAUCGAAUGGCAAUCAUUCAUGUCGAGUGCACGAAUUGUAAUCUAGAGUUGUGUGAAUACUGUGGAAUCAACUGCAGCAACUGUCCGGAAAAGAUUUGUAUGAAUUGCGUUAACAUAUUUCAUUGUGAACGUCAUGAAAAACCUUGUUGUGACCAGUGCAAGAUGUUUGUUCUAUGAUAACGGCGCUGGAUGAACGAUGUACACGGAUGCAAUGGAAUAAUG